AGGUAUUCAUAAUUGCGACAACAAGAAAAAUUAAAGUAAUUAUUGUUACCUUGACGAGGAACAAAAAUAAAGUAAUAUAUAAAGUAUUGUUCUAAUAGAUGUACCACAGUUGUCCGUUUAAGUUUUAAGAGUCCAAUAUGAAGUAUCUACUUGUGUUGUGUAUGGUAUGGGAGCUUUCCCAAGGAGCUAUUAACCCGAACUUUGUACGCAAGCUGACCUGCAAAAAGUCGGAUCCUGAUUUUGAACAAUGCUUUACGAAAACACUAACCAGAUUCCUGCCUCUUGUCAUGAACGGUGUUCCUGAUUUGGGAAUUCCACCUCUAGAUCCUCUGCAACUUCCAGAAUUAGCUGUAGAACAGAAUAUUGCUGGUUUCGGUGAAAUUUCGGCCAAGUUUACUGAUUUGGAAGUUGAAGGAUUCAAAGGCGUGGUAUUCGAUCAGAUGAAGGUGGACCCGAUAAAUCUAUAUGGAAUAAUUAAACUAUCUAUUCCAUCGAUUCAUAUUGAAACCGAUUAUAACAUUAAUGGUAAAAUAAUGGACUUGGUAAUUAACAACAAAGGACAUUUUUCAGGAAAUUUCAGUGAAUUAAGAAUGUCCAUGAAAAUAAGUCUUGCUACGUUUAAGAAGGAAGACGGUCAAGACUAUUUUAAAAUAAAUAAGCUGACUCAAAAUAUCAAAAUAGGCAACGGUCACAUCAAAUUGGAAUCAAAGGAUAAAAGUUUCCAGCCUAUGUUGAAUGUGGCGGCAAAUAUUUUCAACAGCAAUCCUUCGGUGAUUUUGAGUACAGCCAGUGAUAUGAUUAAUGCUCAGUCCAUACAGAUGACAAAGGAAAAGUUAAACGAGCUUUUGGGCUCUUUCCCAGCUUCUGUUUUGUUACCAGAAUAAAAAGCAAAAUGUUAUAUACGGCUGACCGUAGUGUAAAUAAAAUAUUAAGUUGA